AUGAUUGCGUCGCAUGUCCACGCCUUGCGCGAGGGCGACGACGCAGCGAAGAUGGCGGCGGCGCGGGCGCUGGGCAACCUCGCGGAAGAGACCGACAACCAGUUCCUGAUCGCCGAGGCUGGCGCCAUUCCGCUGUUCGUCGAGCUCCUGUGCGACGGGAGCGCAGCGGGCAAAGUGGCGGCCGCGACGGCGCUUUGCAACCUCGCGGACCACGGCGGCAACCAGGUCCUGAUCGCCGAGGCCGGGGGCAUUCCGCCGCUCGUCGACCUCCUGCGCGACGGGAACGCGGACGACGCCAAGCUCAUAGCUGCAUGGGCGCUGGGCAACCUCGCGUGCAACGACGACAACCAGGUCCUGAUCGCGGAGGCCCACGGCGUCCCGCCGCUCGUCGAUCUCCUGCGCGCCGGGAGCGUGGAGGACCAACGGCAGGCCGCGCGGGCGCUGCACAACAUCUCGUACAACAACGACGGCAACGCGAUCGCGAUCGCGGCGGCCGUCGGCCUCGACGCGCUCGUCCAGCUCGCGCGGAAUGGCCGCAUGACCUUAGGGCGCCGGCUCUCCUCCAACGUAGGCGGCCCCGCCAAGCGCAAGGCCGCGCUCGUCGUCGCCGCGCUGCUCGGCGGCUGCGUCCCGGACUCGGCGCGGCGCCGAGUCCCGCGCGUCAUCAUGGCCGUCAUCGGGUCCUACCUUUAA